UUAUUAUUUGCCUGCUUUUGUCCUGUUGUGCUCUAAAUGCACAGUUAUACAUCUGUUGUAACAGUUUGUGCUGAAAAAUCUUGUAUUGAUUUUCAUUGUUGUUUAAUAAAAACAUUUUAAAAAAAGACGUUUCUGUAUCUUCAGAAUAUCCGAUUCCCUCCGCGGACCCUGACCGUUGCAUAGCGUUCGUUGUCACGGUGACAGAUAAACUUUCAGACAGCGAAGGGAAGCAGGUACCGACGGAUUAACGGGCAAUUUAACGGACUUCAUAUCGAUUUAGAAGCCUUGCAAUAACCGACUUUGUGAGCGCCGCCCAGAAGAUUCACCUCAACGCUGAAGAGUUACAUUUCCGGCCCGGGAAAACACCGGUCGCUCGGUUUGAGAUCCGGACUAGCUAUCAGACGGGGGGCUAAUUGGCAUAAGCAUGUGUGACAGCAGAACGGUUCCGGACGGUAAAGUGUACCGGCAGUUGUUUGAUGCUCAGGUUCAGCUGUCCAGGUCUCUGCUGACUGGGCGCACAGACACAAGGACAAACUGUCUGUCGGCAGAGGACAGCAACACACACUGCAGUGCAGCCAGCAGCAGGGGGCACCCGCUGGAUGCUGAUGCUUAUGAUGUCCUCAGACUUCCUGACACUGUGGUGGUCAAUCGUCCGUGCUCUGACAUCAUCGAACGUCUGACAGAGAAAAAAGGCAAAAAACAUAAAGAAACUCUGAAACAGCUGGAUACAGAACUGACAGAACUUGCUCAGGUGUGUGAGGCUCAGGUGAGGACCAUCAAUCAGGAGCUGUUGUCCUCUCUGACGGAGGUGGACCUCAGAUUGGACAUCCUGAAAGACAGAAUGGAGCAGCUGGGUCAUGUCAGUUUGCAGGAGGUGCGCGGUCUGUGGGAGCAGGUGGAGGAGGAGGUGAAACUGAAGAAGAUCAGGAUCCUGGAGCUGAACAACAAACUGACUGAGUCUGAGAGUCAGCGCACGGACAAGAUCAGAGCUGUGCUCAGGAAGUACUGUCACCUGCUGGAAGAGAUCAGCUUUCUGCUUCCAGCUGAUGUCCACCGACGGAUCCACACCGAGGCCACGAUGCUGAAUCAGUCUCUGCUGGCAAACCGUCGCAGCACGGGUCGACUGCUGCUGCUGCUCCAGGAGGACAACCUGCACCAGGAGUCACUUCUCCGUCUGCGCUGGGAGGACUGUCUGAGCCGCUGGAGAGCAAGCAGAGUCAAAGAGGUCAUAGACCGCUUCAGGAGUGUCUGCAGCAGUGAUGGGCGGCAACAGCAGAUCUCAGUUCAGAAGAAACAGACUCAGAGAAAUUUGACUGAACAGCGUCGGGAUCUUGUCUAUAAAACGUGCUCCCUGGUCCCGCCCACCUGCUCUACUGCUUUGGUCUCUGAUUGGUUCAACCAGCUGGCAGCUGUCAAUCAACAGAUCGACAGCCUUCAUGCUGACUUCCUCCAUCAGCUCCGUUGUUGCUGUGAACAGACUUGGCAGGAUCGAUUGGCAGAGCUGGAGUGCUGUAAGGAGGCACUCUCUGCUCUACAGCUGUCAGAGGAGGAGGUGAACAAUGUCGUUAGCUCUGAGUUCCUCACUUUGAUUGGACGAAUCCAGAAUCAGGAUGAAGAGCGAUUGGCUGCUUUAGAUGUGUGCUGUGACUCUGGGGCUCAUCAUGCUCUCAGUCUCAGCAGGUGUGUGUUUAUUGUGAUGCGAGGAGCAGCAUUACUAUGGGAGACACACAUACGCAGGUUAGAGAAGAGAGAAGAAGAACUACAACAACAGCUGGAUGGUCUCCGAUGCUCACAGCAACAAAACAUACAGAAGAAGAAGAAGAGUCUGGACGAGCUGCUGGGUGGACUCCGCCAGGAGAGUAGUGAGGAGGCUCUGAAGACCUCCCUGAACAAAACUGUUUGCUACCUGCAGGAAAUCAAACACAGCUGCAGACAGUGUGUCUCUGAUCAGUGUGAGGUGUUGGAUCGUCUCCCAUCUCUCUUUCUGGAGGAGCUCAACUCCUACAGCAGCAGCCUGAGCUCCUUCUACCACCUGGACCACGCCUACACACCGCAGGAGCUGAAUAUUGAAUGUUCAAUAACACAAACACACACAGCGGGCAGGACCAUGGACGCAGACUCUGCCCAGCCCUCACAUGAUUGGCUAACUGAGGCAGCGUCCUCUCUGCUGGAGCUCUAUGACACAAGCAGCUGUGUCAUGUUUACAUCAUCAAAGGGCGUGGCCUACACGGGCCCUGCCUUCAGAUGUCUCGGCCCUGACCUGUCAGAUGACCUGCAGCAGGAAACAAAUCUGAGUCCGUUUCCUGUGGAGCUGAUCACACAUGCACUGACCAGGACUCGGACUCUGUUUUUGGACCACCUGGAGCAGCACUUCCAUGACAUCCUCAGCUCAGCUGUUGCCAUGGUUGCAGACAGGAAGGAAGCAGUGUCCUCAGAGCAGGAGCUCCAGUUGCAGCAGCUGGACCCCCAACACAUCCAGACCCACAUAUGCCAGCCCCGCCUGUCCGAGCUGCAGUUGCACAGGCAGCAGAUGGAUGUUUACUGUGAGGAGGUGCUGGAUGUGCUGACCUCCUGCAGGAUGGCGCUGCAAGAGCUGCAGACCUCCAUCAGCAGGAGGAACCAGGAGUUCACUGUCACUCUCUCCAACAUGGAGGAUGAUGUCCUGACAGCCAACAGCAGCCAACGUCUGGAGGCUGUCAGCACCACCAUCCAGGAUUGUUUGGAUCAACAUAUCAAAGACACCCAGUGCUGUCAGACCACCUUCAGACAGACUGCUCAGAGCAGACUGGAGGGGGUCAGAAAGACAACAACUGAACUCCUCAGCUCCUUCAGGUUGUUUAGUGAAGGAGGGGACUUUGCUCCUCAGGAGCUGAAGACGUUUCAGAGGACACUGAAGGAGAAAACCAAAGAGAUCAGUGAGACUGAGGAGUCCAUCUGCUUGGAGCUGGAGGCGUUUGAGUCCAGGAGUUUACAGGAGGUGAAGGAGGUGUCAGAUCGUCUGCAGGAGAAACUCUCUUUCAUCAGGUCCGAAGUGAAAUUCACAGAGAAGAUCCAGAAAAUGAUCAGCAGCACUCAGGUUCACAUCAAGGCCGAGGCAGCCAGCAGUAACCAGCAGCAGUUGGUGAUCGACAGCAGGUUGGAGGAUCUGAGGAGGAUGAUGAAGAACACACAGGUGUCUCCAGAUCAGUUUUUUUCUUUCCUGUCAUCCAUCAGUGAAGAACUCGGGAUACGCUGUCAGUACCUGGACUUUAAGUUGGAAGUUCUCAGUCCGUCAGCUUGUCCUAAACCCACGAAGCAGGUCAGGUGUGCCCCACCUCCUGGUCUGCUGCAGCCCAGCAGGACAGGUGUGGACCUCCUCAAUGACCCUGUCGUGGGUGUCAUCAAGUCCCUGAACAGGGUCUGUCAGAUCCAGGAUGUUGCUGCAGAGAGAGAGGACAGAGGAAGAACAGCUGCUGGUCAGAGUCCUGUCCAGCGUCUUCAGCAGAAAUCUGCCGACUCUGUCAGUGCAGUGAGUGUGAGGAGGGGUGGCAGGUCCAUCAGGACUGACAAAAGGUUCCAGAUCUUUGGACACAAACCAGAAGUGAGCAAACACUCCUUCAGCUGCACCGUGAACUCUGUGCUGUGGAAAGCCAACAACGUCCUCCUGCUGGUCGGCGAGGACUUUUACUGCAGUGAACAUCUCGGUAGGUUCCAGCUGGUCCCUGACACUCUGGACCAGUGGGCUGAGAGCAUGCAGCAAAGGCUGCUGGGAUACCAGGAGCAGGCCAGGAGGUUUCUGUGCACGAGCAGAGAGGAGUUGGUGAGCCAGCUGUCUGUGCUGGAGGAACUGCUGAUGUCAUUACCUUCAAUUUUGAUCGGUAAGCAUGAGCGACAACAGGGGGAGGAGUUAAGAGAAGCUGUGGGCAGAGUCCAAAAAAAGCUGGAGGAGACACUGGCAGCCAGUGAGAAGGAGAAGAGUAUGAACACCCAUCAGCUGCGAGCAUCUCUCACUGAGGACGAGCUGCAGAUGUUGAACAGCCGAGAGGAGCUCCGACAGCAGCAGCUGCACACUGCCAUCUGUUUCUCACACCUGGAACUUCAGGAUAGUGUGCGAGUCAGGGGGGCAGAGUUUGUGACAUCACUGGCGUCCCUGACAGAGAAGCUGCUUCAUCACCUGGACAACCUGCUCACAACUGCAGAAAAGUAUGAAGAAGAUAGUGCCGUUACCAUGGACACAGGAGCUGAACCAAGACCCUGCAUGGAAAACAGGAUUUGGUCUGGUAUACCGUACCUGUCGCCGCCCAUUGUCAACACUGCUGACCCACCAUCCCCUGUUACCAUGGCAACAACAGCAUCUGUCACCACAGCCAGGUGCACCCCAGGACAUCUGGCUGUGAUCGAGCAGAGAGAUGCUGCUGUGAAGAGGUUCGAGCAGCUGUUCAGGGCGGAGUUGUCACGUUCAGAGGCCGACAAACGAAGACAACUGAGUGAAGUGCAGAGCUGGAACUCACACUGGAGACAACAGAUACACACCCUGAAAUACACACACCAACUCUAGCACACUGACAUUUGCUUGAAAGGAACUGAUUGAUGUACAUUGUUAUGUCAUGAGCUGUAGUGAUGCCUGCUAAUAAACCACAGAUGAAGCAUACUGUCGGGCUUUGUGUGUAGUUCCAUUCAUCCAGCAGCAGGUGGAGUAACAAACACAGGACAUGGAAACACUGACCCCCUCAGACCUCACAAGAAGCUGUUCUCUGCACAUCUUCCAACUACAUGCAGCUGGGUCAUGUACUCAGAUCCAGGACAGCAAACAUCU